AUGGACAAUGAUACAUUUAAACAACUAACAAACGAAUACGAACUACUAAAUUUACUUCACUAUAGAUCAAAAAAUCAACAUUCACAACAAAACUGGUUCAAAUAUCUAAAUAUAAUCCACAGAAACUUGAGAAAGAUACUAAAGUUACAAAUAGACAUCAAUAGAAUCAAAAAUCAAAAAAAAAUAAAAUAUAAAUCUGAAGAAAUUUUAAAAAUUGCAAAUUAUAUAAUAAAAAUUUCAAGAACUGCGUAUUGGAAUUAUAAUUCAAUACUCGUGCUUGGACAAUUUAUAACUUUAGGACUAGCUUUUAUUGGGAACUUAUCUAAAAUAUAUUGCUUAUUGCUAGAUAUACCUGGUGUUAAAAAAUCAAAACAUUAUAUACCUACUACUAUUGAAGAACAAAAUGGACUAAAUAAUGUUACAAUGAAUCAGUUAUUCGAACAAAAUGGUGGUGAUGAUUUGGGUGAGGAAGUUAACUUAGAAGAACUAGAGAAAAUUGAAGCAAGUAAUGACAGUACAGGUAAGAAUGAUAAAAUUAAUGACAUAAACGUAGCUGAAGAAACUACACCUCCAAUCAAGCCAGUUAAAGAAAGUGAUACCGAUAUACCAUCUUCGAAUACUACAUCACCGUCAUCAUCAAAAACUCUGAAACCAACAACCAAAAAGCGAAAAGCAAUUUCAGAUUCAACAAUUGAUGAUAUUUUUGGCUCAAAUAAAUCAACUAAAAGGAAAAAAAUUGUUUAUUUGACAACCACUAAUACAAAGAAUAAAAAAAAGAAAAAACCAAAGAGUUUAAUUGAUGAUAUUUUUAAAUCAUAA